CGUGCGCCGCUCUUCUUGAUAUCGAGUCAAGUCCCGCAUUUCGAAAUGAUGUUCUGUCCUUGCAGUGAGAAGGGUCUCCGCAGAAAGGGCACGGGCAGCCCAGUAUUGUUCUGUUUGAGAACGGGGAAAGAUUGUUGAAUACAAUCCUUGAGAUUUCUCAAUAGAUUUGAUAGCCUCCACCAUUGUUUGGGACAUCACGGAAGUUUUUUCCGGUGGUAGAUUGGGACUAGGAGGGCCGCCGACAGGUGUUUUCCUAGCUCUGACCAGCUUGUUCAUGUUGAAGGAUGCAGUAUUACGUAAACUUGACCUCAGCUCCUCUCCUCUCGCGACGCCGUCAGUGCAUCCAGCUGGACGUCGACAAAUGGCUAUAACACAUGUCGUUGAGAACGCAGGCAGCAAUGCCAGGGACUUUUGCAUGUUAGAACGGAAUCUCUUAUCGCACGUCAAGCUUACUCUCUUACUUUUCCUCGUCUCUUGCUCCCUUCUGUUACAAGCUCGUCUUGUCCCUGAUCCCGAAGGAGACCCAGUGGGGAGUUCAAUGAUAGGGCUGCCAUUAGCAUCUAUACAGAUAAUUGCCGCGGUUCUGGCACUCGUUGGUGGCGUUUGGGAAUAUCAUAAUGGGUUCAAAGAUGUCAUCGGUAUGCGAGCUUUUCUGGUGAAGAGAAAACCUCACCUUGUAGUCCUUGCAUUCGUAGUCGUGGUGGUUGUGGCGACUUGCAUUAUAUUGCUUGUAGAAGAAUUUUGAUUCAAUCUUGUCAACCCAUCUCUGUUUCAUCGACCACUCUGUUGAAUUCUCUGUUGAAUUCUCGUGUUUUCACAUAAACCACGCGAUCUCGGAAGGCAAUGCACAUCGUCGAAUAUGGACGCGACAGCUACUAGUUAUGAAAUCCGUUGCAAAUGACUCGAAAGAAAGAAUCUUGCCUUUGACAAUACUUUUUAUCAGAACGAAAAUGAGUGUAAG